AUGCCUCGCACCCGAGGAAAACGAGAGCCGCACGAGCACUUCAAGGACAAGCCGCCAGACAAGCCCAAAUCGAAGUCGUCGGACAAGGUCAAGGUCAAGUCUGCGCACCGCGAAGGACCCUCGGGUACUUCAGCUGCCGACUUGGCCGACGUUGUGAUGCAGCCACCCGAAACCAACGAUGCCAAAGCUCCUGGCCGCGACUCGACACCCGAAGUGGCGAUUGCCGACGUCGUGAUGACCGACGCUCCAGUCGCUGCUGCCGACCGGCCCAGCGCCGCCUCUGAGGCGCAGCUCGUCACACCCAAGAAAAGGCCUCGGACCGCCAUGCCCCCGCAAGAGCAAGGCACCGGCAGCCAGGCGAGCCCUAAGAAGCGGGGCAAAAACAAGCACAAGCACAAGGCGCAGCCUUUCGGCUCGGCCAGGCAGGGUGCUACAGCUUCGACGGCCAGCGACACGCGCCGAUCCCGUCGUGACGGCGGAGCGGCAUCUGCCACGCUGGCCUCACCUGCACGAUCGAAGGCUCACGUUCGGCCUAUUGCUCCUACACCGACCACAGCAAGGACCUUUCACGAAAUGGUCGCGCGCUUGUCCAGCGGAAGUGCUCAGGACGUCAAGAAGGCCAAGCAGCUCAUCACGAUUGGUCUGCAGCAGAUCGAUACGUUCAAGGAUACUGCCGAGCCAGGUCAGCCCAACUGGGCUUUCCUGCGCCAAAAAUGGCCGUACGGCUACGUCGAGCGGGUGGUCGACGAUAUUUUCUAUCGCGGCCUCACGCUCAAGGACGGAAGUUCGUCGAGCAACUGCACUGCCGCCGAGACCAUCGCUCGGCUUGGCUUCGAGAAGGACGACGUGGAGCAGGUGCUCAGGGUCUUCAACGUCGCCUUCCACGCCCUGCUUGUGCGCCAGAUCCGACUGACUGGACGCAAGACCAUUCCUCGGGACUUCAAAUUUUUGCGCCCUGGCUGGGUUGCCGACGAGCUGGAGCAAGCUGCGGAGCUCCUCAUCAAGUCCGACCACAUGCGACAGUACGAGGUGAUUCAUCUGGGACUUGUAGCAACAUCGCUGGCCGACUCGGAAGACCGCCCGCUCGAUCUAAAGGCACGGGCCCACGCUGCGUUCAGGGACGUGCCGUCCACCAGGGCGCAGGUCGCAGUUGGCCUCAUCUAUCGCAUCUUGGCUUGCACAACCGAGAGAGACUUCAAUGUGAAAUUCUUUGUGACGCUCCCCGACGAAGUGCUCCCAAAGCAGCUCGACCGAAGCGAGAGACCGCAGAAGAACGUCGUCUUCUGUGUUUACGGCACUGUGUGUCUGCUGCUGGCGUGCAUGCUAGACCUUGUCGGCGUCGGAUUCUUGAAUCUUUUCGGCGGAGACCAGUGUGAUCUGGCAGAUCGCCUUCAUCGUUGGGCGCAGAUUCCCAAUGUCCCUGUUAUUUUCAUCUCUCCGGCAUUGUAA